AAAAUGGCUGACGAUACAUUAGGUGAUGUUUUGACAAUUUACUCCUUUCAUUACAUUAAUUGAGAGAGAAGUGUGCUAUAUUUUAAGAUAUGUCUUCAAUUGUAUUGUGAAAUACGUACUUUGGUGAAGACUAAAAAUAUAUGUCGACACACGUGCCUAAAUUGAAGAGGGAAAUCUUGUCAAAACUUGUCUGGACGUGUUUCAACUAGCUGCCAUUAAGAAAUGUUCAUUAUGAACGUCUGAAUAAUCCUUUUCUAUAGCCUCUGUGAAGAUAUUAUGCUAUAGGAUUUUUAUAUUGCUGAUAAACGAGACCUCCUUCGAUUGAAUCGAUUGGCAAAUUUAUCUGAUAUAAUAAUACAAUGAUAUUGUAUAACGUAAAAGUGUUAAUAACAUUUCUGUAGAGGAGAAAUGGAAAUGAAAUACUUUUGAGGGCAAUAAGAUGCCUGUCAAUCCAUUCAAUAAUGGGACAGCAUUUCGCUAGUCUCAGGGAAUUUUUUAGAAUGGAUGGUGAAAGGCAGUCUUCCGAAACAUGUACUAAUGUUAUCCAGCCAACACAAUUAGAAAUGAUGAAUCAAGAUGAUAUAGAAAAUUUAUUGAAUUUAAGUUUGAUUCUUCAUGAAGAAUGCAAGACAGAUGGGAGUUUGGAUAAUGAUAAUUUAAAUUUAGACCUAGAUAAUCAUAAUUCUAAAUUUGAAACUUUAUACAGUCAACCAAUCGAGACACAGGAUUCAAAGAAGAUUUAUAAUAAUGGAAAUAUUACUAAGGAAAUAUGUUUUAAGCAACAGGAAGCGUGUUGUAGUAGUUCUGGGGGUAGUAAUACUAGUAGUAGUUCUGAAGAUAGUCCUAUAAAUCCUCCUUUAAGAAGAUCUUCUAAAACAUUAUCAUUUGGAAAACGAAAAGGUAAACAACGUAAUAAGGAUCAAAGUCCAGUGUGUACUCAUAUUUUAUCUUCGAAAAAGAAGCGAAGUAGCUGGGUAUUAAAAUUUAACUGUGCUAAGAAUAAAAGUUCUAAAAGUACAGAUAUUAUUCCUGGUCAAGGAAAUAAUAGUUUAGAUUGUGUUUGCACUGGUUAUAGAAGAACCGAAGAACACCCUAUGGGAGCUGGUGUUAUAUUUAAUAGUCGGUCUGCUCCUCAAAGUCCAGUGCUACGACCGCUUCCUCCCAGCCCUGUGAUCGACCUUUCAAGAUUCAAUCCAGAAGAAUUUCCAAUGGAAGAUUGUGACAAAAGAGCACGACUACAACGUGCACGAGAAAUGGAGGAGGGAGUCGAACCUCCUCCGGGUUAUAAACCUAAUUAUCCUUCGGCAAUUCAAGUACAUCCAAAUGGAAUAACAGUAGACAGUUUGGCAGCUUUGUUCCAGGCGCAUGCCGGUAUACAAGCUGCUGCUUUGACAGCGUUAUCACAAAUCGACUUUACGUUAAUUCCAAAUAUCGAGAGGCCAGCGCAUACGCAGGUUGAUUAUGUUCAUUGUCUUGUGCCAGAUCUUAGAUCAAUUACGGCUUGUUCUUUUUAUUGGGGUAAAAUGGAUCGAUACGAAGCUGAACGUUUAUUAGAGGGCAAGCAAGAAGGUACAUUCUUGUUACGUGACUCGGCCCAGGAAGAAUUUAUUUUUUCCGUUAGUUUUCGAAAAUAUGGACGAUCUCUGCAUGCCCGAAUCGAACAAUGGAAUCAUAAAUUUAGUUUUGAUUCGCACGAUCCGGGAGUUUAUGCUUCAGAAACGGUGUGCGGUUUAAUCGAGCAUUAUAAGCAUCCAUCGUGUUCUAUGUUCUUUGAACCUAUGCUUACAAUACCAUUUCACCGAAAUUUUGCUUUUCCUUUACAACACUUAUGUCGAGCAGUAAUUACUACACGGACGACAUAUGAUGGUAUAAAUAAGUUACAAUUGCCAAAGACGCUUAAGAGUUAUCUCAAGGAGUAUCACUACAAGCAAAGAGUACGAGUUAGGCGAUUAGAUACUGAGAAUGAUUUACAAUCAGAUGGAAGAUCCAUAUCAUAUUUACCUUUAAUAUAAAUCUCUGUAUUCAUAUUUAAUAGAGUUUGUCAGGCAUUAUUUUAUUGAUUUUGCAUUCGCAUCUAUCACUUUAUUACAGUGAUAUAUGUCUUAUAUAUAAUAGCAGAAUUAAUAUCACUGCACGGGUAUCGAUAUAUAUAUAUAAAAGCUAUAAUUAAUUUUUCGUGAAUGUUAUAAAACUGAAAAAAGCUAUUUCAUUUUUUCUGGUAGUAUCCGUCCUUUGUUUUCUUCACGUUGUAAUAUAUUGCAUAUUUCCGAUUAUAAUUACAUUUGUUCGAUGUGUAUCUCCAUGAUCGCAAAUAUUUCGGAUAAUUAAUUUAAGAGUUUGCAAAAAGGCCGAUUUGCAAUUACUACUUCCUUAUUUAUAAUAUUACAAUGUUAAAGAUUGAAAUUAUGUUUGCAGAACACUUUGCGCUUAAUAGAAAGAUCACAAUACAUAUUAGCAAACAAAUCAUACGCAUAUUCUACAUAAAACGAAACAUUAGUAUAAUUGAAAUAGUAGUUGUCGUUCUUCAUUUUAUCAUGAUCUCUUACAUUUGCAUCACAAAUACAUCUAUAUGUUAAUUGAAAAAUAAGAAAAAAGAAAAAAACAGUAACAUGUAAAUACAUUAAAAUAGCAGUUUGAAAAAUAUUGCAUAUUAUAAGUUUUAUGUAAUUUAGUAUUGAAAUCUUUCUUAUCGUGUCUUUUUUUAACAUUUAUUUGUAAUUUAAUUCAAUCGUUAUUCAUUUCAAAUAUAAUUUGGUUUAUACAUUAUUUUAAUUAUGGUUAAAAAGAAUUAAAAAUAUCUGAAAUCCAAUACCAUUGUGGUGCUUUAUAUCAGCAUAUACCUGUAGACUUUUAUUUUUCAAAAAGUUUGAUUCUCUUGCUCUGUCUAUUUAUAAUAUGAAAUGCCAGUUGUAUUGAAAAACUGUCUGUGUUGAUGUUUGCUGUUAUUAAAUACAGAAAAUAACAAGAAUAUGUUCUAAAUGUAUGUAAUUAUCUUUGACCUUGACAGAGUAAUUAUCAGCAAUCACAUUACACUUUGAAAAAUGCCAAUAUUUUAUUACGUAUAGAAAGAACGAAUGCUUAACAUUUUACUAUACAUAUAACACACAUGGUCUUGGAUAUAUAAAGAUGCAUUUCUUUAUAUGAUAAAUUAAAUUAAUUUAAUUUGUAAAGUAAAACGUUAAUUAGAUUAAUUUAAUUUAUUAAAAUAACGUAACAGAUUAACACAUAACUUUGAAUGUAGAAAUUUACUAUUGGUUUAACAUGCAAUAUUAACUAUAAGUUAUAAUUUCUUUUUGCUUUAGUCAAAACACAACAUAGUAUAAUUGUGUUACAAUAAACACAGUGAAUUAAGACAAUA